CAACACUGUAAUAAACAGCUAUUUAACAAUUGUUAUUUGUGGAAUUCCGAAGCUUUGUCGUCCAUUAUACGAUUUUAAAAUGUUGAAAAGCAGCAACUUGGACAGUGUUAUUGGUGAACUCGAUGCCGAUCGCACGGGCACUGGCGCCGUCGCAGCACCAGAGAAAUCAGUUAAGAACAACAAAAACAACAACACAUCGUUGUCGCAAGGAAAAGUAGACGAAAUUGAUUGCUCUAUGGCAGCCUUGCAAUUAUCUUUUGGUGUCCUUGAAAUUGCCGAAUCGCCAUUAGUACGUGUUCGCAAUCAGCUGAAAGAAUUGAUUGGCAAACAAAACAAAUUCUACAUUGAUGUGUCCAAGGAGAAAUAUAAGCUGGAUUGCAGCGAAGUAUCUAAACUAUACGAUAUGAUGAACAACGUGAAGCUCUACAAAGAUAAACUGAUUAAAAUCAAAAAGGAUAUGCAGAGCAUUUAUCAGCGUUCCAAAGUCAUCAAGAAACGAGCUGCACACAUCGCAGCCUGUAAGCAACGCGAACACCAACGCAAAGUCGAAAAGCAACAGCACGAGGAGUCGCUCAUUGGCAAUCCGUUGCCAUAGGGCCAUAGAUAUAACAAGCUUUAUAGUUACUUAUAUAUAUUAAAACUAGUUAUAAUCGGGCAGUACUUAAACAUAAUGAGUACUGCCAAGGCUGACAAGACUCUAAGCUAAGAGCUAAAUAAACAUUACAUCCAAAAUGAAUACACAUGAUAAA